AGCAAACGAAGAGCCACGACUAUCCAUAUAGCGGGAUGAAUACACGUGUCUCUCAACGUCAUGCGGCUCGGGCGACGGUUCAUGAUGAUCCACUCCAACGAUUAACCGAGUCUGCGUGUCAAGGCGAGCCUUUGGUUUCAUGAAUAAAGUGAUGAGCAGGAGCGAAAUCCCCACCGAUCUGUGUCCAGAUAUGCAGUUCUCGACUGUUUUGGGAUACCUCCCCCACGGCGACAUUCCGUAUAUUAUUUCACGGCCUCUAGAGUCGAAACGGGCCAGAUCCCCACGCUGGCGAGCAUGGUUCUGGAAUUCGACACGCCGAGUGGGCGCAUGGAAAUCGCGACUGAGUAAAGUUAGCCCCUGAGCUACCAGAGCGGAGCUUCCCAAACAGGCCGCACAAAAAAUCCCAUGCGCAGAUUCGGUUGGCUGAGUCGGCGGCGGCGCUGACCGCCAACUCCGCCGCCGCAGAUUUUGGGAAAUAAAACGGGCUCGCACAGCAUAUACCUCCCUCCCUUGCGCACUGCUAGACCAAUUCCGUUAUCUCUCGCUCCCGUCUGACUUGCUCCAUCUGUGCUUUUGCCGUCACAGACUUCCAUUCCUUGCCUAUUUCCCCGAUCAACCCGGCAGGCCCACCCACGACAGCAUCCCUUCCUUCUUGAUCGCUUUAUAAACGCGUCACCUCUCAGAGUAACACGAAACAGGCUUGUCUGGACGCCCCCUGCACGAUUCGAAAAUGGAGUUUAGCUACACGGCCCCUCCCGAGCGGAUCGCCCUCAAUGGCUUCCUCUUCGACAUGGACGGCACCAUCAUUGAUUCGACCAAUGCCAUCGUGAAACACUGGAGCACCGUUGGAGAGGAAAUCGGGGUUGACCCAAACGUGAUUCUCGAGACAUCACACGGCCGCCGGAGCGUUGAUGUCCUGAAGCACUACGCUCCUGAAAAGGCCAACUACGAGUAUGUCAGCCGGAUGGAGGCAGCCAUCCCGAAGCUGUACGGCGAGGACGCCGAGGAGAUACCGGGUGCUCGGGCGCUUCUGGACGCGAUCCGUGCCGCCGGCAGCCCCUGGGCCAUCGUGACAUCAGCAACACGCGGCCUCGUUAGCGGCUGGCUCGAUGUCCUGGGCCUCCCGAAGCCCGAGCACCUGAUCACGUCCGAGUCGGUCGAGAACGGCAAGCCCGACCCGGCCUGCUACCAGAUGGGCCUGGAUCGACUCGGUCUCCGGGAUGAGGCCGCCGGCGUGCUGGUUUUAGAAGACAGCCCCGCCGGCAUCCGCGCAGGAAAGGCCGCCGGCUGCAAAGUCCUCGGCCUCGUUACGAGCCACACGGUCGAGCAGGUCACCUCCGCGGGGCCCGACUGGGUCGUCCGGGACCUGGAGUCUGUUAGACUCUUGCAAGGCGAAGGAGGGAAGGUCACUCUGGAGAUCUCGAAUGGCCUUGUGAUGAGGCUGCCGAACUAAGCGAAGUCCAGUCAAACCGAGGUACCGUUUCGGGAUGAGCCAGGCUAGGCUCGGUAGACGGAUUCGAGUGAUUGAACGCCAAGGAACGAUGUCUAUAGAACAACGAGGCUGCCUCUCCUUUCCCUGUCUCUUUACAGUGAUGGGACUAGAUGGGUACUUUAGAUAUAGCCUUGAAUUAAUAGUUAUGUGCCGGGUACAGAGCAAUUUGCGUCUCGGCUACCCCAACCC